GGACUCUGGGGUUAACAGAACAGAAGGUUUAAUGAAGGCGAGCCUUAGCCUGCUACGACAAUGGCGGUAGAAGGUUAAUUCAUGCGUGACGGGAUCGAAGUCCAUCGUUGUAUUGAAAACCUGCUUUGCACUGCACACACUGAUCGUGAGAAGAACGCAUAGAUGGAGAAAAAGAAGCAGAAGAAGAAUCUAUCGACGAAGAAGAAGAGCGAGAUCGAGUUCUGCAAGGUGUGCCGUUUGCACCACGACCAAGGCCCGCGCCACAAGUACUUCCCUCGCCACAAAGACUUCCUCUCUGCCUUCCUCGAUCGCUUCCGCGCCAAAAUCGCCGACGUUCGCUUCUUCGUGAGAAACCCUAGCGUCCUCCGACCGCAGGAAGAGUCGCAGAACCGCACCUGGUGCGUCUUCUGCGACGAGGAUAUCGUCGAGCUUGGUAGCUCCUUUGCCUGUGCCAAGGCCAUCAAUCACCUCGCGAGUGCUGAUCAUCUUAAGAAUUUGAAGCAUUUUCUUUGGAAAUAUGGCCCGGGAAUGGAUUGCAUAGACAAUUUCCGGCUCUCGGGGGCUGAUGUAGCUCAGUGGGAGACAAAUUGCCAAUCAUUGGGAAAUGAAGCAGCAUCUUCUGAUAAAGGGCCACGUGGACAGAUUUACGGACCAACAAAUGAUAUCCACAAUAAGCUCGAGUUUGAAACUGUAGAUAGAAUUGAAAAAAGUCUUCGAAACCAUAUAAGAUCAGACUAUUCAAAUGAUGUUAUGCCUUUACAGUAUAAUACAAAUGAGUAUCAGAUACCGCAUUCAGGGUUUCCUGAAGUUGCACAGAUGCAUACAAUGGGCGAUUACCUUCCUCCUUGUACAUACACACCAAGUGAUUUAACAGGCAACAUGUUUGGCCAACAUUCCAUUCCCUAUAGUAGCAGAGAUUACUCAGACAGUGGUUAUGGCAGUCAAGAGGUAUGGCAGGCUCAAAAACUAGUGGAGGGGACUCACAAUUCUUCCGGUAACCAUCUAACUGGUUCGCUAAGUAUCACUUGCAUUUCUUCAUCACGCCUCGAAGACGCGAGCGGGAAUGUGCACACUGGAGCUCCCCCUCCUUGGCUUGAUACAAAUGAUGGGGAUGUUUCUGUAGUUCAAUCAAACCAUCCAGCAACUAGCUUUGUAUCUCAAGCAAAUAAAUCAGGAAAGACUCGUAAAUUGAACCCUAAGAGGGUUGGCGCUGCAUGGGCUGAAAGGAGAAAGAUAGAGCUGGAGAUGGAGAGGAGGGGACAUGUUAUAAACAGUGACGCUGAUGCAGACUGGCUUCCCAAUUUUGGUCGGGUUUGGCAGUCAGGCACUCGGAAAGAAUCCAGAAAGGAAUUCGAGAAGGAGAAACCAAAUUCAGUUAAAACUGAAAGCAUCUCUCAAGCGCCAGUGCGCAUACAGCCCUACAUUAGCAAACGAAUGAGGAUAGAAGACAAUGAAUGACGGUUUUGGAGUACAUUCAAAACAGAAACAGCAGGGGUUCAUCCAUUUUGGAAACUUUCCUUGUAAUCCAACUUCUUGGAUAUUUUGUGUUGAGGUAUCUCUUUUACCAUGUCCAGCAUCUCAGAGAGUAAUUUUAUAGGUAUUGUGGUCAUGGAUACUCUUUUUGAAGUUAUAUAACGAAGUGAAUGCAUCUCUUUGGCUCU